AUGUCUUUGCAUUACUUUGCAGCAGGCAGCAGUAGAAACAACAGUAAUCCAGCUGACAGCUGCUCCUAUCGGUUUAUCUCAAGUUCUCAUAAGGAUCUCCCGGAGAACAGACAAUAUAAGCUUACCGUGAGACAACAACCGCAACAAUCGAAAGCAUGCAUCACCAACGAUCAUGAUUAUCGGCAUUCAAUUGACCCAGCUCCAAUUCUCCAGCUCGAAUGGCUAAAUUGUUCUUCAUCCCAAACAAAACAAUGCCUUCAAAGCCCUUUUUACUUCGUUGCAGUGAACAUUGUUUCUGCCAACGACACCACACAACUGCUACCAAUUGACCAAUACCUCGUUGGGACAACGGCUUCUUCCCUUUAUCGUCUCAGGGACCUGGAUGAUGCAGAUGCCGGCUUUUUCAUCUUUACUGAUUUAGCUGUCAAGCAAGAAGGAGAAUAUAGAUUACAUUUUAGCCUCUUUGAGAUUGCUGGUGAUAAUGUCCAAAACCGACAAAGCAUGCUCUCCGAUACAUUCACAGCGUAUGAACCAAAGCGAUUUCCUGGUCCUUUAGAGCCAACCACCUUAUCACGCUGCCUCUACAACCAAGGCAUCAAGAUGCGUAUCCGAAAAGAGUAUCGUCGUCAAGCUGUGAAUGCAAAAACGGCAACUACAAGGAAACGCAGUUUUCAAAUCAUUGACUGCCAACAACAGCGUAAUGCAUCACCAGCAGCGGCAACUAGCAGCAAGUCAAACAUGUUGCAUAAACGAUCCAAACAUGAACGGACUUUUCUUCCAGCAUAUGCUACGAAUGAUGCAUACUUUGGCAAAUGGCAAACAACUUUGCUUAAGAAGCAGCAGGAGCAGCAGCAUGCCACAGGCAUCCCAUCACCUCCCACAUCCAUUGCCGGUACAACUCCUCCUCCACCUGACAUCCGUCCUACGAGCCAUCACUAUGCAGCCCCUUCGAUUCUUCACUCCUCCCGUUGUUGGGGAAGACUUUACCACCUCCACUUAAUACCCUUCGCUCGUCAACGCAGCCUGUCUAGUCACCCUUUAUUGUAA